AGAAAAAAAAGCGAGCAGAAGGCCGCAUCUUCCGCUGAGUAAUAUAUAUGAAGAAAUAAAUAGAUUAAAUAUUCCACAUAUACAUGAAUAGUUUAGGCCAUAAUUACCCAGUAUUUAGCAUGUAUAAUCUCGGAUCACCACAAAUAAAGUGGCAUUCCCCUUUUGAAUGAUCAUCUCCCUUUUAUCCUUCCCUUGAAUGAAGCCACCAUCAUUUUUCACCACCUAAACAAGACAAGUUUUCUUUCCCUUUGCACAAUUCACAUACUUAAUUGGUGCACUAUUUUUCCUUCCUUCUUUCGUUUGGUUCUUGGAGAAGGCGUUGAUGAUUAGAAAGUCAGCAAUCUGUUAGUUAAGAGAGUGUGAUAAAUUUAACCUUUUUCUGAUCUAGAAAGAGAGAAGCAAUGGAUUCAGAGAGUAGUUCGUCGUUGAAAGAGGAGUUGUCUGACUCAGAGGGGAAACCGAUUAGUCGGCAGCCGAGUGAAGCUUCCAUUUACACCGAGGACGACGAAGAACUCGGACACAUCCAGCUCGGCCCUAAAUGUACGAUUAAGGAACAUCUCGAGAAAGACAAGGAUGAUGAGAGCUUGAGGAAGUGGAAGGAACAACUCCUAGGAGGUGUGGAUGUGAACGCCAUUGAAGAGUCUCAAGAGCCAGAUGUGAAGAUCAUGAGCCUGACGAUCUCGUCGGAGGGGAGGCCCGAUAUAGUGCUUCCGAUCCCGGAGUCGGGGAACGUGAAGGGGUUGUGGUUCACGCUCAAGGAAGGAAGCCAUUACCGUCUCCGAUUUUCGAUCAAGGUCAGCAAUGACAUUGUUUGUGGCCUCAAGUACACUAAUACUGUCUGGAAGUCUGGCAUCAAAGUUGAUAGCUCCAAACAAAUGCUGGGAACCUUUAGCCCUCAGGCGGAGCCCUACUUACAUGAAAUGGAUGAAGAGACUACUCCCGCAGGGGUUUUUGCUAGAGGCACCUAUUCAGCAAGAACCAAGUUCAUUGAUGAUGACAAGAAGUGCUAUCUGGAGAUCAACUACACAUUUGACAUCCAGAAAGAGUGGGGCAAAUAGUCAUCUGCUGCAGCAAGGAAUUACUUCCCUCCAAUAAGCUCGGCCCCUAUCGCCACGUCACUACACUACCACUCAUCGUUAACAUUUUUCUCCUUUUCUCGGUCAUCUGCAAAUUUUAUUUUAUUUUCUAAUUUCGGUUGAUUUUAUGCCAAUGCAUGCUCUUGGUAAAUUGAUUGUUGUUUUAGACUUUUACUUCAAUAUAUCCGAUAAAAUUAGUUCCAGGAAAAAGAGUUAAGAUAAAAUGGGUACAGUGAGGAGCCUCUUUUUGUAAAAAAUUGGCACUUUUGAGUUGCAUCUAGAAUGUUAAAUUAGUCCAUUUUCCUCAUUUUCAUGGCUCAACUUUGGUUGAAUGUUGAGCUUUGUUAUUAAAAAUGUGAAGUUAUACUUUUUUCA